AACAUACACCCACAUUGUACAACUCUGUUUUCUAUCUCUCCCUCCAACAGCAAAACCCAAACUCCAUAUCCUCAGUUUUGUCCUCUGUUUUUCCAUACACUGUUAUCUACACUAUAUGGCUCGAGUAAGCGCAUUUGCCAUCAUCUUCAUCCUUGUUUUGGCUUCAUUCUGCUGUUCAUCAAUUGAAGGCCGGAAGCUUUUGGGUACUAAAGGGAACAACAACAACAAGAACAGAGUAUCUUCUGCGUUUACAAGUUUGGUUCUUGCUUCCCUGCCUAAGGGAACAGUGCCAAACUCUUCUCCAAGUAAGAAGGGUCACGCCACCUUCGUUAGUGAAAAACUCUUUGUGCGUCACCUCGCCGACAUUCAUCCCACUGACGAAUCCGUUCCAAGCCCCGGUGCCGGCCAUUGAUUAACAUACAAUUUUAUUAGCUCUAAUGCUGUGAUCUACAAUUUUGAUUGUGGGGAUUCUUUUUUUUAAUAAUUCUUCGUGGUGGGUAUUGGAUUGAUAUUUGUACUAAAACAAUGUAUAGAUACUAUGGAAAAUUACUUGGGAUUGGGGAUUGGUUUUAUUGUAUCCAUCCCUUCAAGUAUGAAAAAAUAAUUAUACAUGUUUAAGAUUAUUCUUAUGGAAAAAAAUUUUUAUUUUCAUGUAUCUAAGCAUAA